UUGUUAAGAAUGUGAAAAAAUUAUAAAACAAAAUUAAUUGGUACUUUUGGAUGAAUUUAAAUUUUAAAUUACAACUAAAAAAGUAUAUAGCAAACAGAAGUAAAAAUUGAACACCAUUAAUUGAAUAACAAGAAAACUAAUUAAUUAAAAAAAAAUGGAAACAAAACUAACGGGAGAUGAAAUAGUGAUAUCUGGUAUAGCAGGAAGAUUUCCGAACAGUGAUGAUAUUAACGAAUUGCAGAAGAAUCUUUUAAAUAAAAUAAACUGCAUUGGCGACUGUAUAGCUCGUUGGGAUUACGAACAUCCUCAAAUUCCUCAGCAAAUCGGUACUAUAAAAAAUAUUGACAAAUUUGAUCGUGUAUUUUUUGGAGUUCUCGAAAAAUUGGCAAAUGCAAUGGAUCCAAUGUCAAGAAUAAUUAUGGAAACAACAUACGAAGCAAUCGCAGAUGCCGGGAUUAAUCCAAGGAAAUUGAGAGGAAGUAAAACUGCAGUUUUUACCGGAAGUAGUUUUUCGGAAUCGGAAAAAAAUUUCUUCUUUGAAAAAUCACUGCAAAAUGGGUACGGCCUACUAGGCCUAUCUCGCAAUAUGUUGGCAAAUCGAGUUUCAUUUUUCUUUGGUUUCAAUGGACCAAGUUUUAACAUUGAUUCUAGCUGCACUGGUGGUGCGAGUGCAUUACAUGAAGGAUUCAAGGCGAUUAAAGACGGACGAAUCGAAAACGCCAUUAUUGCUGCCAGUAAUAUUGUUUUACAUCCAAAAAUUUCACUACAAUUAUUUUUGUCAGGACUUCUAUCGCCUGAUGGCAAAACAAAAUCAUUCGAUGAUGCAGCUGAUGGUUAUGCUCGCAGCGAAGCAACUGUAGUUCUAUUUCUUCAAAAGGCUCGAGAUGCAAAGCGCAUUUAUGCGGAAGUGAAGAAUACAGGCAUUUGUUUUGGAAAUAUCAAUAAUGACAAAUCGCAUUUUUAUCAGACCUAUGAAUCUCAAGCCAAUCUAAUGAAAAACACCUUAAAAGAGUGUGGUCUUUUUGCUCAAGACAUUUCAUACGUAGAAGCCGACGGUUCAGGUAUUAAAGAUGUCGAUGCCGAAGAAGUAAAAGCAAUUGACGAAGUUUACAAUGAAGGUCGAAAAUUACCCCUUUCAAUUGGAUCUGUCAAAUCUAAUCUUGGCUCCAGUUCAGCUGUUAAUCCACUCAAUGGAAUUAUUAAGGUGAUCACUGCAAUGGAAUCAGGAUACAUUCCACCAAAUCUUCAUUUUAAAGAGGCAUCUAACAAAAUCCCUGCUCUUAAAGAAGGUCGAUGUAAAGUUGUAACAGAAUUAACUCCCUGGACUGGAGACUAUGCAGUCGUUAAUAGUUUAUCAUUAUCUGGUACUAGUGCUAAUAUUAUAUUAAAAGAUUUCAAAAAGAACAAGAAAAAUGGAGGAAAACCUGACGACAGUCUUCCAAGAUUAGUCAUGUGUUCAGGUUGUACGGAAGAAGCUGUUGACUACAUACUAAGCGAUCUGGAAAGCAGACCUGUCGAUGUAGAAAUGCUUCAGCUUAUGUAUGACAUAUUUGAAACUGAAAUUCCAGCUCAUACAUAUCGAGGUUAUACAGUAGUCCCUCCAUAUGGAUUAACAAAGAUAAAAACGAGAAAAAUUGAACAUUACUCGAAUAUUAAGAGAGAAAUUUGGUACAUGUUUUCCGGUAUGGGUUCUCAAUGGGCCGGAAUGGGAGAAGCUUUAUUGCAAUUACCUGUUUUCAAGGAAGCUAUAAAGAAGUGCGAUAGAGUCCUUAAGACGCGGGGAAUCGACAUUGUCCGUAUCAUUACAGCUAAAGAUCCAAAAAUAUUCGACAAUAUUGUUAAUUCCUUUGUCGGAAUUGCUGCUAUUCAGAUUGGUUUAGUAGACAUCUUAAAAUCUAUUGGACUGAAGCCAGAUUUCUUAAUUGGUCAUUCAGUUGGAGAAUUAGGUUGUGCUUAUGCUGAUGGAUGUUUUACAGCAGAACAAAUGGUUCUUUCUGCAUUAUGCAGAGGUCUAGCAUCAGUAGAGACAGAAAUGCCAAAAGGUUCUAUGGCAGCAGUCGGCCUUGGUUAUGAAGAAAUAAAAAAUCUUUGUCCACCCGAUAUUGAUGUAGCUUGUCAUAACAGCGGAAACAGUUCCACUAUCAGUGGUCCUAUAGACUCUAUGAAAGCCUUUGUAGCACAUCUAACAGCGAAUAAAAUUUUUGUCAAAGAAGUGGCGUGCAGUAACAUAGCCUUCCAUAGCCGAUAUAUUGCUCCGGCUGGUGAGAAACUAAGAAAAUACCUUCAAGAAAUAAUUCCUAAUCCAAAACAUCGAAGCAAUCACUGGGUAAGCAGUUCAGUUCCACGUGAAGAAUGGAAUUCUGCUAGGGCUCGACUAUCAUCUGCAGAAUAUCACACAAACAAUCUUCUAAGUUCUGUUUUGUUUGCCGAAACUGCGAAAUGUAUUCCACCGAAUGCAGUUGUUAUUGAAAUAUCCCCACAUGGUCUUCUACAGGCAAUCGUGAAAAAAUCAUUGCCAGAAAAUGUUCUUAAUGUACCGUUAGCCAAAAGAGGUGAUUCAGACAAUGUCUCAUUCCUUUUUGACGCUAUUGGUAAAUUAUACAAUGCUGGUUGCAAUAUUAAUGUGUCCAAUCUUUAUCCUAAGGUCAACUAUCCAGUAACACGAGGAACACCUUCAAUUUCAUCUUUAAUCCGCUGGGAUCACUCAAGUAACUGGUACACUAACUUUUUUAAAAAACCAAAAGAAGAUAACAAAGGAGAGAUGAAUUUUAUAAUUAAUUUAAACGACGAGAAGUGGAAGUAUUUAAAACACUUUAAGAUUGAUGACAAAGUGGUUGUACCAACUGCUCUAUACUUGAAACUUGUCUGGGAAGUUUUACAUUCAUUAAAAGAUGAUUCUAAAAUCUCACUUGUUUACCAAAACGUAACAAUUCAUAAGCAUCAAGUUGAAAUUCCAGAAGACAAAAAUAUCAUAUUAGUGGUAAUGGUUCAAAAAGGUACUGGUUCCUUUGAAAUAACAAAUAAUGGAAAUUUACUCUGUUGCGGAAUUUUACAAACGAAUAAUACUUUUUAUCAGAAAUGCAGUCUAUUCCCUAAGAAGGCUGAUAAAGAUUAUCAGGAAUUAAGUGAUACUGAUAUUUACACUGAACUGCAGGUGCAAGGUUUAAAAUAUUCAGGUCCCUUUAAAAAUAUUCGUAAAUCAUCAGCCAAUGGAUGUAAUGGAACUUUACAAUGGAAAAAUGAUUGGACAACGUUUUUAGAAGGAAUGAUCCAGAUGUAUUUACUUGGAAAUGAAAUGAGAAAAGCACAAGUGCCAAUUAAAAUUAGAAAAAUUGUUAUUAACUCGAAAUUGCAGGAAAAAACGAUAAAAAAGUCGUAUGAAAUUCCUGUCACAGUAUUUAGGGAAAUUAAAACUGUGACUGCAGGUGGUGUACAAAUGGAAGGAAUUGUUCUUAAACCUAUUCUUCAGAAAUCUUGGAAAAAUAGUGUUUUUACUAAUAAACUUCAAAUCGUUCCAAUCACGGAUGGAGCACAGUCUAAUUUAACAGAGAUCUUGAAAAUAACUCUUCAAAUUCUACAUGAAAAUUCCAAAAACACAAAUUUAAUUCGCAUCAUUAGAGACGAAACUGUAGAUGUGAAAAAUAUAAAACAACUUUUGCAAAACGUUCUUAAAGAAUGUCUAGAAAUAAAAAGAUUUAAAAUUGAAGAAGUAUCGUCAUCUUGGCUAUUAAACAAUAAACAAGAAUAUAAGAAUGUUGCACUUUUCGUGCUUUAUAAUGUUAUGCAACAUACUCAACAAGCACUCUUAGGUCAUGUCUUAGAAGGAUGCUUUCUAAUAACAUUUGCAGAACCAAAAAAUGUAAAUGAUGUUUUAAGAAACGCAUAUUCUGCAGGACUAGGUCUCGUACUAAGAAAAUAUACCUCCAAGAAUCAAAUUGUAUUACUUUUGCGUCGAAAGCAAGCUAUCAAUAAGACCAGUAUUUUGGACAUCAAUGACGAUCAAGAUUGGGCCAAUAAAAUUAAAUCAGAACUUCACUCAAAAACUUGUGACCGUCUUAUAAUUACAGUCAUGUCAAAACAAUGUUCUUAUAAUUGUAAAAACUUUGAAGUUCUUUUAAAAGAAAAAAAGAAAGAUAAAAUUCAAAUUGUCUACAUUCAUGAUCCAAAAGUCUCGAAAUUCUCUUUAGAAGAUUCUUCAUACAGAUCACAUAUGGAUCUCAAUUUGAAGACGAAUAUUCUUUUACCAGGUAAAAUUUGGGGAACAUAUGGGUAUUUCCCAAUCGCCUCAAAUAUUCGAUAUGCGACUUAUUGGGUGGCUAGACAGAUUAACAAUUCGGAUCUAAAAUCAAUUUCCUGGGUCGAAGAGUUACCUAGAAAUACUGCCAACACAAUUAAAGUCGAGUAUUCUGCAGUUAAUGAAGCAGAUAUUCUCUUAGCAACUACUAAAAGAGCAUUAGAAAACACUUUGGAAAAUACACUAGAAAUGAAGCCUUUUGGACAAGAAUAUUCUGCAAUUAAUUCAAAAGGAAACAGAGUUAUGGGAAUAGCUGCAAAUGGUACAUUUUCAAAUUAUAUAACAGCUGAUACUAAUUAUACGUGGAAAAUACCUGACAACUGGUCUUUAGAAGAUGCCACAACUGUACCUUUAGCAUAUGCAGUUGCAUACUUGGCUUUGGUGAUAAAGGCAGAUGUACAAAAGAACCAAUCUGUUUUUGUUUACGACAGCGCAUCUUCCAUUGGCCAAGCUGCCAUUAAUGUAGCAUUAAAUAUUAAGUCACAAGUAUUCGUUGGAUACGUUAAUGAUAUCGACAAAGAAAACUUAAAAAGUAGCUUUUCAAAUAUUCACGAAAACCAUUUUAUAAAUGCAUCAAGAAAUUUCGCCGAUCAAAUCAUGGCACAUACACAAGGCAGAGGAGCAAACCUAGUAAUCUAUAAUGGAGAUGAUUUAAGCAAAAUAGAUACUUGCAUGAUGUGUGUGAAAAAUAAAGGAAAGGUUAUUAUCAUUGGAAAUUUACAAGAUACAUUUAGUAAGUCCGUAAGAAUGCAACAUUUUUUGAGGUAUACUUCUUUGUUUUCAAUAAUUCCAAUGAAAAUAAACAAUCUUGAUUUAGUAACGAAAAGAAAAUUAUCACUAAUGAUUGAGAAUGGAAUAGCAGAGCAAACUAUAAAGCCGUUACCUAGACGUACCUACUCUAGGGAUAUGUUAAAAACUGCUUUUAUUGACGGAGCUUCAAAUAAUGUUUUUGGAAAAAUCAUUGUUAAAGUACAGCCGGAGGAUGGAAGCGAUGAAGCUCUAACAAUACCUCGAUUCUUAUGCAAAAGUGAAGGAUCUUAUUUGAUAAUUGAAGGAUUGAGUGACUUUGGACUUGAACUUAUUGAGUUUUUAGUUGUAAGAGGUGCCAAAAAUAUUAUUAUAGCUUCCGAAUCGAAAAAUACAAGAGCUUACAGUGAACACAGAAUAAAUUUGUGGAGACAAUAUGGAGUAUCAGUUGUUGUUCGUGAUAAAAUGGACUUUACCCAUCAACAAAAUGGAAAUGAUCUUCUAGAAGAAGUUAGUACACUUGGUACAGUAGAUGCUAUUUUUGAUCUUCAGCGUAUUGAUAGUUUAUCAGCAAGCACUUCUAAUUCGAAAUAUUUGUUUACCAAAUAUAUUUUUGAAGAAUCUAAACAAAUAUGUCCUGAUUUAAGACACUUCGUAGUUUUUUCAACAUGUAAAGAUGUCAGGGAAAAUGUCGAUGAAAUUUUGUUAAGACAAAUCGGUUUGACAAAAAUUUGCACAGAAAAAUCAAAAGCAGUUACUUCGGGACUUUUAAUUCUUUUAGAUCCGAUUUCUGGAAUUGCGGAAGAUUCAACUGAAAAUAAGAGUAAUGUACCUUUGUUGAUUUCUUCUAGUAUUAUGGAACAAAUGGAUAAUUUAAUUGGAUCAAAGGCGUCCAUUGUAUCUGUUCAUUAUAAAUCAUUAGUAGUGGACUCUGAAAAGGUUGAAAAAGAUAUCGACACAGUUGAAAAAUCGCCAAAGAUGAAAUUCGACAAGUAUAUUAACACAGUUCAACCAUUGGCAACAUCCUCUAGGUUUUAAAUUACAGAAGAAAAGCAGUAUUAAAAUUAAUUGUUAUUUUUAAAGGAGCAUCUACAAUGGGUAAAAAGAAGGUUUAUAUACACAUGUGACCACUUAUACGCGUUAAGAAAGUUCUUGUCAACUGUCCAAAAGAUUAUGAAUGUUUUUGUUAAUUUUGUCACGUUCCAUGAUUAACGAUGAAAUGUAUGUUAAUCUAAUUACGUCUUAGCAUAGUAGAUAUUUAUAUGUUUAAAAACUGUGAAAAUGUCAAUAUUGACGGAAUAUAUAUAUAUAUAUAUAUAUAUAUAUAUAUAUAUAUAUAUAUAUAUAUGUAUAAAUAUAUUUCAAUUAGCGGAUGAAAAAUUCUUAAGUUGUAGAAAAUAAAAUAGAAAUUUUAAAAAAUUAGAUGUUAUAAUUGAUUGACGAGAAUUUAUGGUACUUGACAGCUUCAAUAGAAAAUGAUAAAUAUUUGUUUUCUAUAGUUUAUAAUGCCAAUAAACAUAUAAGUAUAUCACUUUAAUCUCAUUAGAUUAAAACAAUAAAAUUGAAAUAAAUAAUUAUAAAAUAAUAAAUAUGUUAUUAUUUAUUAACUACUUGGUGCACGCUUAUUUUAUCAAAUAUGAUAUAUAUUUAAGGUCAAAGUCAAAGGUCAAAGUUGUCCACUAGUUCUUCAAUUCCGAAUGCAACUUAUGAAAAAAUAGUAUAGGAAU